AUGUUGUCGCAGUCCCUGUUCUGCGCGUUGGCCUCACUCGGAUUUGCCUCCCUUGGCCUAGCAGAUUAUGCUGUUACGAUUCCUUGGGUGGGUUAUUCGAGCUCCGGAAACUAUUUCGACGAAUGGCAGGGCGAGUUUGUGGCAGAAAAUAGUGAAACCACAACCUACCAUAUUGAGCCGCACUGUCCCGCAAGCAGCCAUUGCCCAACACUUGAACCCCCGAUCACUUUGAUUGUCGCGACUAACACCUAUGAACUUAUAACCACAAACCCCAAUGGAUUCAUCGGUUACUCGAGCUCUGCCUGCACUUUGACCGGCUCCCCAUCUCCGACAGCUGCUCACUGUUCAUACACAGACUCGUAUGAAUACCGCAGUUCCACUACCACCGAUUCAGAUACUAUGAAUGUUCCUGAUGAUUUGUUUGACUUUGAGGUUUACCCGGUCACCCUGACUGUAGCCGGUUCUGGAUCUACUGGUGCCACUGGGACUACGGCUGACACUAUGGCUGAGACGACUGGUUCUUCGACUGAGUCGACUAGUGAAACCGCGUCAAACUCUCGGACUUCUGGUGGUGGUAGUGGGAGUGCUAGUGCUACUGCCAGUGCUACCACGUCAGGCAACAUUGCCGUCAAAACUAAUGCACCGAUGUUGGUUAUGGGUGGUAUACUUGCAGGUGCUGUGCUUCUGAACUAG